AUUAGUUAUCAUACGACCUAUAUAGCAGUUAUUUCAUUGUUUUGUUUUUUAAAGAUUUAUUUUCUAAUUUUGAAAUUAAUGAUGUCCGUAAGUAAUAUUGUCAAACAGUUAUGGAACAAACGUAUAGAUCGAAAAUUAGGAUUUGAACAGGUUUUAAAAAAGGUUACUUUAACUCAUGCUGCUGAUGGAGUAUGUUUAGCAGAAAUGACAGUUGAUCCAGAACACACCAACUCUGAAGGUACUCUUCACGGAGGAUUAACAUCCACCCUAGUCGAUACCAUUUCUGGGAUGGCACUAGCAACAAAGACAAAAGAUGGAAGUAUUGGAGUAUCUGUAGAUUUACAUGUUACAUUCUUGAAAGGUGUUCAGCUUGGAGAAAAGAUUCUUAUUGAAGCUAAAACAAAUAAAUGUGGAAAAACAUUAGCAUUUUUGGAUGUUAAUAUUAUUCAUGAAGCAACUGGUGAUCUUGUAGCAAAAGGUUCACACACUAAAUUUAUUAAAAAUUGAGAAUUAUAUAUUAUUGAAUAAAGUAGACUAAACAAUAGCACCUUGGUUACUUUAAUUUAUUCUUUGUGUAAAUAAAAGCUAAUUGAUUUGUUUUUAAACAUGGAAAAAUAAAAAUAAAAUUAGUUUGCAAAUGAUGAUCUGAAUUAUUCCAAAGGAUCUCAUUGUUUAGAGUUCAAAGAAAAUGGUAAUCCCCAUUAGUUUUUCAAGAUAGGUCAAUUCUUUUUAGUCUGCCAACUAUUAUAAUGAAUUAGAAUCUCUUUUAUAUUUGAUAAUUACUUGUAUUAAAAUAAUUACAAAAUACCUAGUCCUGUCAUAAAUAUUGCUACAAGGAAAUAUAUACAGAUUUCAACAGAAAAAAUAAUUUUUUCAAAAAAUUUAUUAGAAAAUAAAGUGUAUAUCUAUAGAGAGUAAAACAAAAAAAAAAAAUUACUCAAAAUUUCCUCCCUUUGCCUUGACACAGGCAUUUAAUCUCCAUGUUCAGUCAUCAAUAGCAGCACGCAGCAUUUUUUGAGGAACUUCUCACUGCAUUUGCCUUUCUCACAGUGCGGGGACGGCCCAGUCAAGGUCUGUCACAACAAAUACGGUCUCAUUAUAUCUAUUUAAAGUGGGAUACACGAACAUACGGCUGAUACCCAAAGGUUUCAAAGUGUUGAAAAUCUCUGACCUACAUUUUCCAACUUUGUGUAAGGCGAUCAAAGCUAUUCGGUUUUCUUUAUCACCCCACUCCAUGUUAACUGAGCAAAAGAAACAUACAAACUAAUUGGGGUCAUUAUCCUGACAAGUAAAGAUAACAACCUGACAGAGGUAAGGAUUAUCUAAAUAAUACCCAAGGAUGUAAACAAAGUUCAAGUUUUGUAACAGCAUUUAGGGCAGAACUAGGUAUUCUCUAAAAAUGUUUGAGAAGUGAUCAAAUAAAGGAUGUUAAGGCUUUAUAGUCAUUUAAAUCAGAUGGAGGCUGUUUGAAUUUUGACUUUCGUGAAGGAUUGACUGAAGGUAAAAUAAAAAAGGACAAACGUUUUAUUAUAUGGAUAGAUAAAGUGUCAGAAAGCAUUGCUGAGAUAGAAUUAAUGGAAGUGGAAGAAAUUGACUGGCACGAAUGGAGAAAAAGAGUAAGGUAUGACUGGUUAAGUUUUGUUCAUAGUGAAGACAUUCUAUUUACUAAUAACAUUCUAAAUUUGUAUGGUGAAGAUGAUAUGUACCUUUUAUUUUGUAAUUUCUGUAUGGUAAAGGAGAACAUUUUCUUUUAUUUAACAUUGUAUUAUACUUCUUAUUUUUAAAUAUAAUGCUUGUUAACAAUUUUUAUUUUUUGUUAUUUCAACUUGAUAAUAAAAUUAUAACUAUGAA